AUGGGUCUGUCUUUUUCCCGUUUCCAGAAGAAACACGAUCUCGAGGAAAUGAAGGUUUCCAAGUAUUUGCUUCCAUUGGUAAAACGCAAUGGCCGUCGAUGGGCACGAUGUGAGGGAACUAUUCGAGGUAUCAGCGAGGAAUUGUGGAAACUUCGGAGUGUGCAGACGGCGUUGGAGAAGAAGGAGGCAAAGGGAAAGGGGUCAUUAGUGGAGUUGUGGGAGGAAAUCGCUCAACAAACCGCCGACGUCGCUUGUGAAUACCAGACGUUUUUAUACAAUAACGAAUGCUACCUCUUCGAAAUGUCGCCCUAUAAGAAGAGGUUGAAUCAGUUGAUCAACUUGGAACUCCGGAAGAUUCUGGAAUUAGUUGAUGUGGGAAAGAAGGAGAAGAUUAGGAAGAGGAAGAAGGAGGAGAAGAAAGAGGAUUUGGAGGAAUCGGAAAAUACGGAUGAAGAAGUUGAGAAUGAGGAUGAGAAUAAUGAGAAGAAAGAAGAGGAGAAGACUGGGGUUGAGAAGAUGUCUGAUAGCAUCGGAUGUUUGGAGAUCAUGAUGAGAGACUUCCGUAUUGAACACACUGCUAAACCAUUUGGAGAGGAAGCUUUUUAUCUUUGA